UCAGGGAAAAACGUGAGGUUUAUGUUUGAGCUCAUCACAUCAUCAUCAUCGUCGCAAAAUUAAAACUACACGAGUUAGCAAAAUAAGCACAUUCUCCCACCCCUGCUUUUUCCUGCCCUUAUGUUUCCAACAUGAAGAUGUGGUUGGUUGUCCCACAAGGUUCUAAGUUUUUAUAUAUAAGUAGUUAAUGUUAAUGUUGAAAAGUGUGCAGUGUUUACAUGGAUUCGGAUUAGACAACAACAUGAUUCAUGGGCGAAUAAUGUAUAUUCCGCUUUUGCUGUUGCUCUUACUCUACCGUGUUCUUGGUCAGGCGGAUGACUACUAUUUUAAUAACAGAGAUUACCAGCCAUUACAGCAACAUCAACAACUGCCAGUAGUAGGACGUAAUAAUUUCCACCCGGAACCUUACAACACUCCGUACACGCCAUUGUCCUACUCAAAUAAAGAUUUUGUGCAAAUAUCUCCAUACUACAAGAACAAUGGCGAUAAUUUUAAUGAAUUUCAGCAGCCGCCAUACUCCAAUGCCAAAUCAAUGCCAUUUGCUGUACCCAGUGCAAUAACAGUGCCCACAGAUCUGUGGUCUGGUCCACCCAUAGUGGUUGAAGAUAUUAAUGAUUACCAUUCAACCACCAACCGUAUUGGACGUGUGGGUAAUAAAGUAUCGUCUUUUCGUAGCACUAAUAACUUACAUCCCAACCACCACACCCAAGGAGCCAAUGAUGAAGGAAGGAACGAACAACCACACCAACUGCCUCCACAGUUGCAACCGUCACAUUUUAAUUAUGACAAUGGAGUAGUAUAUCACAGUGAUAUUCGGCGGCAUCAAAUAUUUAACUCAGCUCACACUGAAGCUUCUACAACAGGACAGGAACAACAACCACAACAAAAGCCCCAAAUAAAUCUUAAAAUUUACAAUGAACCAGAAACAUCCACAAAAACAACGCCAAAUCAUCAGCGUUAUCACGGGAAUGUCGCUCAACCGAAUAGCCAACAAUUAUAUGCCACAACUUCAAAUACAGAUUUGAAUUAUUACCGAACUCGCUCGAUUUUCAAUGGGGCAACUGAAACUGACCCAUUGGCCGAACGAGGAACGGAUUAUGCCAAACAUUUUAUGGAAUAUUUGAAAAAAUAUCCUCGUAGAAUAAAACCAGAAUAUUAAUUGUUAGUCAUUGAAUGAAUUGUAGAAUAAAAUUGAGAAAUUGUAA